UUGAACAUAUUGAAACGCAACAGCGGCUAUUGGCUGUUCCCCAAGAGUACAGAACUGUAAGAGACGGUGAGUACUAUAAACAGAAUUCGUUUUUUUCUGAUGAAGGUUUGAGAAUCUCUGUAAAUCUUUAUGUUGAUGAUUUUGAGAUUUGUAACCCUCUUGGGACAUCUCGAAAGACACACAAACUUUGUGGUGUAUAUUGGGUUUUGGGUAAUUUGCCACCAGGUUCCCAUUCAACACUAAACUCAAUCUAUUUAGCUGUUCUAUGCAAAUCUGAUGAUGUUAAGACCUAUGGCUAUGGAAAAGUGUUGGAGCCUCUCUUGCAAGACUUAAGCAUAUUAGAACAGCACGGUGUAUUUAUAUCUCAGCUUGGUCAGUUUGUUAAAGGUUCUGUCCAGUGUGUUAUAGCUGACAAUCUUGGAGCCCAUGGGCUCGGGGGAUUUGUUGAGAGUUUUUCAGCUGGGUCAGUAUGCAGGUUUUGUAUUGGAGUCAAAUCAGAUUUUCAGACUAAGGAUGUCCAGUCAGGUGCUUUCCAACUGAGAACAAGAGACAUCCAUGAUGUUCAUGUCCAGUCUGCUCAGGAGAAUGCAACUAUUUGCUGUGGUGUAAAAAAGCAGUGUGUUUUAACAGAGCACCUUUCCCAUUUUCAUGUAACUACUGGUUAUCCUCCUGACAUUGUGCACGACCUUUUUGAAGGUGUUGUACCAGUUGAACUGGCUCGUUGUAUGAGUUUGUUGAUCUCCAAAAAAUACUUCACUUUUGAAAGGCUCAACACAUUGAUUCAGACAUUUCCGUACAAAUGGGGGGACAGAACCAAUCGCCCCCAUGCCAUACCACGCUCUUUCACAUCUAGAAACACAAUAGGUGGCAAUGCGCAUGAAAACUGGACCUUAAUAAGACUGCUUCCCUUUGUGAUUGGGCACAUUUUACCAGAAGAUGAACCAGCGUGGCAGCUAAUUCUAGAUCUUAAGGACAUAGUUGAGUUGGUUGUGGCCCCUGUUCACACAGAUGAGACCAUUGCUUAUCUUGAAGCCAAGAUCUAUGAUCAUAGGCAGCGCUAUCUUGAACUCUUUCCACAUGUAAAGCUCUUACCAAAACAUCACUUUUUAGAGCACUAUCCGCAAAUGAUUCGUUGCUUCGGGCCUCUAAUUGUACUGUGGACAAUGAGAUUUGAGGCUAAACAUAGCUUCUUCAAGCAGGUUGCUCGUCACACCAAUUGCUUUAAGAACAUACCUCGUUCACUAGCUACUAAACACCAGUUCAUGCUUGCCUAUCACACACAUUCCUCCAGUGUCAAGAAGUCAUCCUUGGAGGUCACACAUGUCUCAAUCCUGCCUGUUGAUGUCCUUAAUGAGGGAGUCGUGUCUACACUGAAACAAAGUUUCCCAGAUGUGACUGAGGUUCAUAUGGCAAACAAUGUGUCUAGCUUGGGUAUACGUUACUGCGAGGGGAUGAUUAUUGUACACGGAUCUGCAGAUGGACUGCCUAAAUUCCAUGAGAUCAUUAAACUUUGCAUUGUUAAGGAGAAGUUGUGUUUUCUGGUAAAAGACGCAUGUGCUUGGUACAGAGAGCAUUAUGGUGCUUUUGAGCUGUCUGCCUCGCCCAAUACAGAGGUUGCCGUUAUUGAGCUUGCUGACUUGGUAGACCCCUAUCCCCUUGUUGACUACAUGGUUGGGAGUUUGCGCAUGGUAAUGUUGAAAAGAUUCAUCAUUGUUAAAGAUUAAAAGGUGUUCCAUAAUGGCAGGUCGGGCGCUUCUGCGCAUCAUCUUUGCCGACCAGUC